GAUAGUGAUUUGACGUCACGUGCCGAGGCUUCGAAGUGUGUUUGUCGAGUUGAAUACAGGAAGAUUUUUGUGAAGCCCGUAUGAUCGAGGCUUGUGUUGAUGACGUAUGUGGUGACUGUUAACAGGGGAAUGCCAUACAUGUUACAAAGACAUGCAGAGAAAGCAACUGAAGUUUGGAACCGAUGCACCAGCAACCCAGUGUGCCAACUCAUCAGAGGGGACUGUCAAGCCUGGCUGACGUCAUCCAUCCAGCCUCUGUAAUCGCCAGCCUCUGUAAUCGAAAGAGACAGUAAUCCUGCUCCUCUCUAAAGCCCGGCAGUGGGGUGGGGUGGGACAGGGAGGGAUAUUGAGACGGAGACAUGAGGAAGGAAGUUGGAUGCUGGAGAGACGGGAGUGCAUGUAGGCUGUGGACAAGCAGGCAGACUCAGCGCUGAUCUGGGCAAGUGAGACAGGUGUGGUCCUGACUGUCCAAAGGAAAACAGGCACAUCUCAACCAUCCUAAUCCCCUGCUAAAGUUUUAGGGAAACCCUGUGGAUUGAGGAACCCUCCAUCCAGGCUUCGCCCUGGAGGCCAGAAGCCUCAGAGAGGGCUCUCCAGGGGAGGAAUGCUGCGGGAGCUGCUCAUCUCCUUCUGCAACUCCACUGGAGUUGCCUGCACUCUCUGUGGAGGAGCCGGGUUUCACCACUGUGGAGCUGUGCCAUGAUGGAGAAGACCUCUUCCUGACUGCACCUGAGGGAGGGACGGAGGACAUGAGUGGUCAAGAUCCAAAUGAUGAAGACAUGCAGAGGAAGGACCAGAGAUUGCCAUUUCAGAUAUUCCCCGACCCUGUGGCGGUGUUCCUGCCCCCGGAAACCACCCUGAACAGCCCUGACCAGGGACACCGGAAGAAGCGUCUGCCCUCCAUUGUGGUUGAGCCCACAGAUUUGAACGAGGUGGAGAGUGGAGAGCUGCGCUGGCCUCCAGAGAGCAUUAACAUGGACCAAGAUGAGGAGGAUCUGUUCCUGGAGCAGUGUAUCCCCCCGGCUAACAUCGCAGACUGGGGAGAGGAGGAGGAAGAGGAGGAAGAGGAGACAUCGGUUAUACUGAACCAACAGCACGGCUUGACACUCAUUGACCUGCAGUCUGAUGCAUUUCGAGAUGACACCCCCACACUUCCACCGAGCAGCGCUCCGGCCCUCUACUGAUUUAACCACAAAAACACCUGCUCCUCUGAUGACCCCGAGAAGAAAAGUCCUUAUCACAGAUGUCAAGGAAACAUUGCAACCAGGUUUUUCCAGAGACAGAAGAUGCGUGGGCUGCAAACCAGUGUAAAGCAAGCACAGCACAGAUGUGAUUUAGAGGUCAGAUAUUGAGACAGCUUCACUACAACUGUGACAUUACAAUGCUUUGAGUUUUGUCAGCAUGUACACAAACAUAAAUACAAAAUAACAUAUUCUCACGCACACAAUAGUCAGCUUGCGGAUGUUGGUGGUAGUUGAGCAAUAUGUGUUUUUAAAAAGUCUUUGCUGACAUGGUAACUUUCAUUUCCCUUGUUAAUUCCACAUUUUUAAGGGAUUGAUGAGGUCAUAGAAUUUCCUCUCAUGGUAACAAAAUCUUCUUUAGUUUGUUCAUAACCACACUACGUCUGUGGUUGUUAUACAGCCAUUUACUUAAUUAAACAUCUUCCUCAUCGAUCAACUUUUGAUCCGGCAGGUUUCUUCUGGGGACAUGUUCCAGCUCAUACCUUCACAGUGUACAGUAUUUAGUAAAGCGCAGUAAAAUGUGCCGGCUGUUCUCGACAUCGACUCGCUGUUUUUGCUUUUUCUUGAAAUUGUUGAGCGUUGUAAGUUUGACUGAUCACAUUAUAUCAUGACAUUAUUGCAUCUAUAUCUCAUGGAGGCAGACAUGUUCUCGACAUCGACUCGCUGUUUUUGCUUUUUCUUGAAAUUGUUGAGCGUUGUAAGUUUGACUGAUCACAUUAUAUCAUGACAUUAUUGCAUCUAUAUCUCAUGGAGGCAGACAUGUGCUAUGACAUAAUGUCACCGUUACAGACAAAAUUUUCCAAAAGGUUUAAUUUUUCUUUAUUCAGUCAAACAAAAAAGAGGGCAGUUCUAGUCGCUUUUCAUUACAACAGUUGUAGAUGCCACAGAGAUUUGUAGAAAUGUGUACUUAAGUUUGUGUAUAGGCUGAUCAGUGAUAUAACUUGUUUAUAUGCAAAAGUUGUUGCAUUACUGUAACAUUUUCAUUAUGAAUACAUGAAGUGAAUACAGGAAAUUAUUUUUGGAUGGUUUAUACCACUUUUUUUAAUUAAAGAAACAUUCUAAUAUAUUACAUUACAUUUUUUUUUAUAUAAUAAUAAUAAUCAACCAUUAUAUUACUGGAUCCACCUACAUCAUUACAGCUUUACAAACUGUUUAAAUUGACAGUAUGUUUGAAUUGUCAUCAGAAAAUAUUUUUUUGCAACAACUUGUUCAAGAUGAAGUUAUGAUCAGCUUUAGUGAUAUCUUGCAGGAAAGGGUGUAUGGUGUUGAAAGUAUAGAAGUAUAUAGAUGCAUAAAUGAUGAAAGGUACUAAUUGCUAAAAAGUGCAGUGAGACCAAACUUAGACUUGUAAGAAGGGAGCAGAGAAAGAACUUAUAUGUAAUGAAGAGAGGAGAUGUGAACAAACAACAGUUACUGAGAACAACUUGAAGUAAAUAUUCACUUAUUGUAUGUGUUUUGGGAGAAGAUGUGAUCAAUAAAAUUACAUUAAAACGCUU